AUGGGACCGUCCAGCCCGUGGUGCGCGGGACACGUGGACCUCCCCCGAGGGCCUCCACGGAGCCUCCCGCACGCGCAGCAGGGCCCCUCGCCUCCGCACCCCUGGGCACCCAGGGCCCCGCCUGCUCACACCACAUCCAGACUCUCGCCUCUGCUACUGCGCUCAGUUCUCCGGCCGCUCCGUGACACCGGCACCCCCCUUACCAACGAGGCCAUGGAGCCUUCCUCUCGGGGCAUCACGGAGCUGAGCUACAAGCUCACCGCCCGGGGCAGCUGCUCCUGGUCCGGCACCGACUCCAAACACUCCUUCCUUCGGGCGCCAGUUCCACUCUGUCGAUUCCUCUCUGUGCACGUCGCUCUGCAUCCAAAGACACCUGGGCUUCUCUCCGACCAGUCCAGCCCCACCAGAGUCCACCUCCUCAUCAAGUUGUCAGACGUCCGUCAGGAGCGGGAGUGCUGA